CAGGCGUUCAAGAAGAAGUUUACCGUGACCUCAAAACAUCCCGACUACGUCGUAGCGCAUCUAGUAAAACAUACACCUACGGCGGAGAAAUGGCUGAAGAGGCUCGUUUGGGAGGAGUAGAGUUCGCAAGGAACUUGUUUUGCAGGACGGACGGACGGACGACGAGGGGGUGGCUGUUAUGGGGGAUAUUCAUAUCAAGAAGGGAUCAGCGAGCACUACUAGACGAUAUGGAGUAACCCUCAAAGACAGAAUGCGACUGCCAGCAUUUGGUUUGACUUUGGGACCAUCAUGCUCACUCGAUGCCUUUUGAGAAGGGCCAGUAUACGUCUUACAUCAGUUGCAUCACCUUCAUGAUAUCUGGUUCUGGUGUGGAUACGGCCGAAGUAUCGUCAAGCGAAGUUCAUAGCGGCCCUUCAUCCUGAUAUUGCACCUUGGAUGUUUGGUGUCGCUAUCGGGGUAGUCCUGCCACUGUCGUUGAUGAGAGGGUACACCAACUUGAAAGAAGAUUGAAGUGGAUCCAUCGCGCUGGACAUGACGGCUGCAGUACAAAGUGGAGAUCGUGCACCGGAAGUUCUUGCGCUUGGCGAGGACGGGAAUAGGAAUGUGACACGGUGCAUACACUCUUUUGGUGAAAGCCCCAGCGAAGCUUCCGGGUGGGAAUCCAAAGGCUUCGUUGUCCAUACAAGGCUCGAAGGCAGCGAAACAGCCGCCAAGUCGCAGAAGAAGCUAUCCGCGCUGAAUUUUUAGCUCCCGUCACCAUCGUAGGGGGCAUAUAUAGCAAGCGCGUGGCUCAUCGGAUUUCACUGUAUCCACGACCAGCACCACGAACGCUUCCUUGUUUCUACUGUAGUGGACUCCACGACCGGCGCCACAUCAAAUAGUACUAGGCGUUGUCACACGAACGCUUGCUUUGCACACCCGGCCCAGC